AUCCUUGCCUCCACAGAGGCAUAAAGCAGCAGCCUGUCCUGGUGCGGGACAGUCACUCUCUAACCUACAGACCUAGUGAGCCCGGGCUCUCACCCCACACCCAGCUGCCGGACAGGACCCAGCAUCGCUCCCUGCUCCAAGUCUCUGCCAGGUACUGUACUUGGUGCUGAUGCUACAGAGAUGACUAAGACUCAUUCCCCGCCCUGUGGGAGGUCACAGUCAAGUGGGCGAGACAGUCAGAUGAACAGAUCAUAACAACAUGAAGCUGCAGGUGUUUCAGGAGGGCAGAGACAAUGACCAUGUUUGAAAAUGUCACCCGGGCCCUGGCCAGACAACUAAACCCUCGAGGGGACCUGACGCCCCUCGACAGCCUCAUAGACUUCAAGCGCUUCCACCCCUUCUGUCUGGUGCUGAGGAAGAGGAAGAGCACACUCUUCUGGGGGGCCCGCUAUGUCCGCACUGACUACACCCUCCUGGACGUGCUUGAACCCGGCAGCUCACCUUCAGACCCAACAGACUCUGGGAACUUUGGCUUUAAGAACAUGCUGGAUGCCCGAGUGGAGGGAGAGGUGGAUGUGCCAAAGACAGUCAAGGUGACAGGGACUGCGGGGCUGUCCCGGAGCAGCACCCUGGAGGUCCAGACACUUAGUGUGUCUCCCAAGGCCCUGGAGACCUUACACCAGGAGAGGAAGUUGUCAGCAGAGCACCCGUUCCUGAAGGAGAUGCGAAAUCGAGGAGAGAACCUGUAUGUGGUGAUGGAGGUGGUGGAGACCGUGCAGGAGGUCACUCUGGAGAGAGCUGGCAAGGCAGAGGGUUGCUUCUCCCUCCCAUUCUUCGCCCCACUGGGGCUACAGGGAUCCAUAAACCACAAGGAGGCUGUAACCAUCCCCAAGGGCUGCAUCCUGGCGUUUCGAGUGAGACAGCUGAUGGUCAAAGGCAAAGAUGAGUGGGAUAUUCCACAUAUCUGCAACGACAGCAUGCAAACCUUCCCUCCCGGAGAAAAGCCAGAAGAGGAGAAGUUCAUCUUUAUCCAGGCAUCUGAUGUUGGGGACAUACACAAGGACUUCAGGACACUGAAAGAAGAGGUUCAAAGAGAGACCCAAGAAGUGGAGAAGCUGAGCCAAGUAGGGCGAAGCUCCCUGCUCACCUCCCUUAGCAAACUUCUAGGGAAGAAAAAAGAGCUACAAGACCUGGAGCUCACGCUUGAAGGGGCUCUGGACAAAGGACAUGAAGUGACCCUGGAAGCACUCCCAAAAGAUGUCCUACUAUCAAAGGAGGCUACGGGUGCCAUCCUCUAUUUCCUUGGAGCACUAACAGAGCUAAAUGAAGCCCAACAGAAGCUGCUUGUAAAAUCCAUGGAGAAAAAGAUCCUGCCCGUGCAGCUAAAGCUGGUGGAGAGCACGAUGGAACAGAAUUUCCUACAGGAUAAAGAGGGUGUUUUCCCCCUGCAACCUAACCUGCUCUCCUCCCUUGGAGAAGAGGAACUGACCCUCACAGAGGCCCUAGUGGGACUGAGUGGCCUGGAAGUACAGAGAUCAGGCCCCCAGUACAUGUGGGACCCAGACACCCUCCCUCGCCUCUGUGCCCUUUAUGCUGGUCUCUCCAUCCUGCAGCUUCUGACGAAGCCCUCCUAACUUUCCUUUUCCAUCUCCUUCCUGCUUCUCUAAUGCCUUCCCUACCUCAUCGGGUUGUGUCCUUAAUACCCAAGGGCAUUUCAGAGGCACCAGGCUGACGAAACCCUACCUGAGCACCCAAGAUAACCAAUUUCCACUCGUCCAACUCUAUAUCUCUCCCUGCCCCUCUGGCUCUGCAACCUGCUAAGCCCAUCUGCUGAUGCUUAAAUCUUCCCAAAGUAGAAACACUCACACUUUUAAAACUAUGAACCAUUUCAACAAAACCCAAACAUUUAAUUAGUAAUAAAGUCCCUAUCUCAAUCCCUCCCACUUAUGCUUCUAAAAUUCAAGCUUUACUGGAAUUAAUGGAAAAUAUUAUCUCACUUUGGAUGAAA